AUGGAGCUGUACUGUGAUCACUAUGGAAACAGAGUGCAUCUCCUCAGUUCCCCAAUGAAGGUCAAAAGAAAUGAAGAGAAACCUAGUAGCCAUGUCCUUUUCUGGACAGGAGCAGACGGACGAAGGUCAAAGGUUAAUCUAAAUGCCAAAGUCAAACAGUCAGUCUAUGAGGACAACAAAAAUCGAGCAUCAAAGGAACUGAGUAAUGAAAAGAACAAAAAUCCAUUAAGAGGAAAGUAUAAUCGUCAUCCUUUCAUUUGCCAUCUGAAUAGUCUUGCUCGAUUCUCCAGUACUAUCGCCAUUCCUGUCAGUUUCCAGCCUAACCAAGAUGGUGUCAGCAAAGGUAUUGUGUUUGUAGACUGUUCAUGUCUGGAGACUUUCUUGGAGAUCAAAGUUUCUAUUAAAAACUUUGGUGAACUCUAUUCUGGACAACCUGUUUGGGAGACAACUUCUGUGUCCAGGAUGCUGACUUUUCAACAUUCAGACCUUUUACCAAUCCUUGUUUCACCCAGUGAAGUAAAAUACUAUGACAAGUACGGAGAGGAAUUUGACAACGUGUACAUAUCAGAUGUAAACAUAGAAUGUUGUGUGCCACAAGUGUACAGAAAUCUGGUGUUAUAUGUCAACCAAGAGAACAACCUUGUCAAAAGUCUGAAUGGGGAUGGAUUGACAGUAGAACAUUUUGACUUUGUAGACAAAAUGGUUGUCUGUCGAAAUGUUAUUAUCAUGUUCAACAAGGAGAGACUCAUUUUCGCAGAUACCAUCUCUUUGUUACCAUUGGAAGUACUCAUCACUGACAGAAUUCAUACUUCGCUACCAAAUGGAGUAGUUUACAAAGAAAGGAUAAAACACCUAAAUGUGAUCGGUGAAAAAGAGAUUAAGAAGGAGUCAGGAAUCACAUGUAACAUGGUAGCCAUAGCGAUGGACACACAUUUGAUUGUUGUGGAAAUACCAUUAUGUGAAGAACCAGAGUUUGUUGAGAUUAAGAUGUGUGUUGAAGUUCCUGGCCUUGCUAAAGAUAUCUGCUUCAUCAGCCCUCAUGCUGGUUUUCUGGUGUCAGUGACCCAGCACGACAAAGCAGACUACUUGCCCCGAGAGACGCUCUACCAUUUGGAUUCAAGUGGCAGACUCCAGGGGCUGUUGCCUGGACUUGGCAAGGGGCCACGCUCAUUUCUACCCCUUAUGCUGUCAGCUGAGGGGACAGAAUCAGACAGAAAGGCUUGGCACAUAUACCUGAGGGAUGGACAUGAUGGAAUCAUGUGUAUUCGCCUAGAUUAA